AUGAAAGAUUCAAUCUUGAAAAUCCCUAUUCUGCCACCUGAACUUAUCACUGAAAUCCUCUUAAUGCUUCCAGUGAAAUCCCUCUUGCAGUUCAGGUCUGUUUCGAAGACUUGGCUUGCUUUAAUCUCUAGCCCUGAAUUUGUCAAAACCCAUCUUAGUGUAUCUACUGAUAACAAAGAUUACACACACCACGUGCUUGUGUUGUUUCAACUUAGGCACUCUGGUAAUGGAUGUCAAUACAAUCUUAAGAACUGUUCUGUUAGUUCCUUACUCAAUGACUCUGUGACUGAGGAAUAUAACUUGGAUUAUCCCAUGAAUAACACCCGCAAAAAUGUCCAGGUUGUGGGUUCGGUCAAUGGAUUGAUUUUUCUUGCCAUUGGGUAUACUGACUUGUUUCUAUGGAAUCCGUCAAUUAGGAAGUUCAAGAAAUUGCCUGAUUCUAGACCUACAUUAAUGAGGCUUGAUUGGCACGUAGAUGGUUUCAGAUAUUAUGAGUUUCAUCAUGAUUACAAGGUAGUGUGUAUUUUCAGUUCUAGAAGUUCAGAUCAAGUUGAGGUCAACAUAUAUAGUCUAAACAGUGAUUCUUGGAAAAAUGUUGACUAUUUUCAGGAUAGGCCGCGAUUAUAUGGCUCAGCUAAAUUUGUGAAUGGGAAACUUCAUUGGCCGGCUACUGCUCCUGGUCUUAAUAGAUAUAAGGGCUGGAACAUCUUUUCUUUUAAUUUGGCUAAUGAGGAAUGGGGAAAGGUGGAGCAGCCCUGCUAUGAAGAAGAUAUUAUUCCGUCGGUGGGAGUGUUGGGAAGUGGUCUUCUUGUGUUUUCUAAUUAUCUGAGAAGUCACGCGGAUGUGUAG